UAUGGACUGGGUUUCGGAAUGAUGAAUGCUAAAGGGUUGGUCCAAAAGGCUACUAAGUGGAAAGGAGUCCCAAGCAAGAUGACGUGUAAUAGCGGAAGAAUACAAGUGAACAAAUGCUGCACUAGAAAUGUGAACUCGACGUAUUUUGUCGAUGAUUGUCCUAUACAGCACCUCGAGCACGUGCAAAUUUAUGUCUCGUGCGAGGCGUACUGGAGAGAACAUACAGAAAUACAUAUCGUUUCACCUCAAGGCACGGACACGAGGAUUCUACGCCAGAGGAAACAAGACUACGCUACUGGUCGAUUUUCUUGGACAUUUAUGUCCGUUCAUACGUGGGGAGAAAAUCCUAAAGGCGACUGGACUGUACGAUUAGAGGAUUUUCUCAACUGUGAUAAUGAGAUGACCUUAUACAGUUGGGAACUUAUUCUACAUGGAACAGUGACCGAUCCAGCUGAUGGUACGCCUAAAGAUGGAAUCCUAGGAGGUCAUUGUGAUAAAAAUAUACAAUGUGGUGACGGUACAAACUGUCUUCUUAGCUACAAUAUAUGUGUAAACUGUACACUUGCUGAACACAGGGUUAUCAACAAUAUGUGUGUGAAAGAUGGCUACGGUUAUUGCAAUACUGACAUACCAUGUCAAGUGGAGAAUGCCUGGUGUAACGCCGACAAUACAUGUGAAACUUGUUCUGAUGGAUAUCAUGCGAUCGACGGAUUCUGUAAACAAGACGGACUGUUGGGUGCCUAUUGUGAUGGUCUGACAGUAUGUGUUGACCCCGGUGCCUGGUGUGAGCCGGAUACUGACAGAUGUCUACUCUGUCCAAGUGGAUACCGGAUAUUAGAAGGCGUAUGCGAAAAAGAUGGAGCUGUAUAUGGUUAUUGUGACACGCACAUCCCGUGCGAUACAACAAAAACUCCGUAUUUGGCAUGUGAUCCCGUCACCAGCAUGUGCAUUAAUUGUCGUCAGACACGGCAACAUCGAAUCAUCAAUGGAUUUUGUAUAAAAGAUGGAGCAAUUGGUGGAUUUUGUAGUCAAGAAAUAUCCUGCACGAAAUCUGGGAGUAGUUGUGACGCAGAAUUUAACACGUGCAUAUCGUGCACUAUGGCUGGCUACCGUAGUGUGAAUGGAUACUGCCUACAAGGUAUUGUUUAA